UCUCAUCAGAGUGCAAUCGGCAUUUGGGGGGCGCAUGGUGGAGAAUACGUAUCCAAUGAGCAGCGCUGCCCUGGCCUGGAGCACUAAAUGCCAGUUCCCCCAGCUGCUUGUGACAACCAGAAAACGCUCCCACAAAUCACGAGACGUUGGCAGUUGUCCCCAAAGCAAAGGCUUUAGAGCUUCCUGGGUUAAUCUGGCUGCCACUUGUGAGCCUCGGAGUUUCCUGAUCUGUACACCAGGUGUCCUGGCGAAGACCUAGUUCUUUCCGGAGACAAUUCCACUUCAGAAGCACUUUACUUAAAAGGACUUGCCAGGCUGGACAAUGCCCGUUGACUUGGGGCAGGCCCUAGGCCUGCUGCCAUCACUGGCGAAGGCCGAGGACUCCCAGUUCUCAGAAUCAGAUGCUGCCCUUCAAGAGGAACUCUCCAGCCCUGAGACCGCACGCCAGCUUUUCAGGCAGUUCCGUUACCAGGUGAUGUCUGGGCCUCAUGAGACCUUGAAGCAACUUCGGAAGCUCUGUUUCCAGUGGCUACAGCCAGAGGUUCACACCAAAGAGCAGAUCCUAGAGAUCCUCAUGUUGGAGCAGUUUCUGACCAUCCUGCCUGGGGAGAUCCAGAUGUGGGUGCGGAAACAGUGUCCAGGAAGUGGAGAAGAGGCAGUGACCCUUGUGGAAAGCUUGAAGGGGGACCCCCAGAGACUGUGGCAAUGGAUCAGUAUCCAGGUUCUAGGACAGGACAUCUUAUCAGAGAAGAUGGAAUCUCCAAGCUGCCAGGUGGGGCAAGUGGAGCCCCAUCUUGAAGUGGUGCCUCAGGAGUUGGGACUUGAGAAUUCAUCCUCAGGGCCUGGGGAGCUUCUGAGCCACAUCGUGAAAGAGGAAUCUGACACAGAAGCAGAACUAGCCCUGGCUGCCUCCCAGCCUGCCCCACUGGAGGAAAGGCUGAUCAGAGACCAGGACCUCGGAGCCUCACUGCUCCCAGCAGCACCUCAGGAACAGUGGAGACACCUGGAUUCCACUCAAAAGGAGCAAUACUGGGAUCUCAUGCUGGAGACCUAUGGGAAAAUGGUCUCAGGAGCAGGCAUUUCCCAUUCCAAAUCUGACCUGACUAAUUCAAUAGAAUAUGGGGAAGAGCUGGCAGGACUAUACCUUCAUGUCAAUGAGAAGAUCCCAAGACCCACCUGCAUAGGAGAUAGACAAGAGAAUGACAAGGAGAAUCUAAAUUUGGAGAAUCACAGGGACCAGGAGCUCCUGCAUGCUUCCUGUCAAGCUUCAGGAGAAGUUCCUUCUCAGGCUUCCUUGAGGGGCUUCUUCAGUGAGGAUGAGCCAGGAUGCUUUGGAGAAGGAGAGAAUCUCCCUGGGGCUCUGCAAAACAUUCAGGAUGAGGGAACAGGGGAACAGCUCUCUCCUCAAGAAAGGAUUUCUGAGAAACAACUAGGUCAGCAUUUGCCUAAUCCUCAUUCAGGAGAAAUGUCCACCAUGUGGCUUGAGGAGAAGAGAGAGACCUCCCAGAAGGGGCAGCCAAGAGCCCCCAUGGCCCAGAAGCUUCCCACCUGCAGGGAGUGUGGGAAGACCUUUUAUAGGAAUUCUCAGCUUGUUUUUCACCAAAGAACUCACACCGGAGAGACAUACUUUCAGUGCACCAUCUGCAAAAAAGCCUUUCUGCGGAGUUCAGACUUUGUGAAGCAUCAGAGAACUCACACAGGAGAGAAGCCCUGUAAAUGUGACUACUGUGGGAAAGGCUUUAGUGACUUCUCAGGAUUGCGCCACCACGAGAAAAUCCACACGGGAGAGAAACCCUAUAAAUGUCCCAUCUGUGAGAAAAGUUUCAUUCAGAGAUCAAACUUUAAUAGACAUCAGAGGGUUCACACAGGAGAGAAACCUUAUAAAUGUUCGCAUUGUGGGAAAAGUUUCAGCUGGAGCUCGAGCCUUGACAAACAUCAAAGAUCCCACUUAGGAAAGAAGCCCUUUCAAUAGCCAGUAACCAAACUCUUUCCCCAUUUCUGUCUCCUAGCCCGUUAACAAAAAUACUCAGCUCCAUCAAGAGGAAUUGUGUCUCUGAGAGGAUACCCUUGUUCAUCUCCUUUUUUCAUGGAUUGGAGAGGAGAGAAUCUGGACAUGGCUUUGGACUUGGAGGAUAUCUUGGAUUGGAUUGCACAGUGGCUUAAAUUCUUGAUUCUGCCUCAGGAGAAAGAAUAGUCUUCAUGUUUCCACUCAUCCUUCCUUUGGACCCAUUGGGGAAAAAGUCUAAAUUGCAGAUCCAGUUUUAGAAGAAGUGCUUUCCGGGAAGCAUUUAAUGGGAUUAGCUGUAGUCACUGCUUAUGGGAAGAACCUCAGAUCAGCCCCUUAAAAUGGGUUCUAGAGCAGGUCUUCUGGUCCAGAAGAGGAGAAGCAUAGAGGGCCCGUGAGCUCACAUGUGUUCUUUGUCAUAGGGGUGAAAAACUAACUUCAAGUGUCCCUUGUUUGAAAUAAACUUAGCAGAGUCACUUUCUGUCUU